CUUUGGCACAUUACUUAAGCUGCUCUUGCGAUAGAUGAGAGCGGUUUGUAUUUCUCACACUGGGUUGAGAUCAGAGGUAGUGAAUUGCGCAACAACACCUUAGAAUUGUCAGCAUACAAGGCAACAUGGUACCAACGGAUACUAUAAUCAAGCUUAUGCUUCUCAUCCGGGAAAUACUUUCCAAGGUGUACUAUUGGUGGAAGAUGCCCGCAGUGUUGGUCUUGUUAUACCAGUUUAAUSAAAGAGAUCAUUUGUUCAAGAACAACCUGUAUGAUGCGUACCCUGGUGGAAACAACCCUGUCAAAGAGCAAUGCAAUGAUCCUGUUGUUGGGUACUAUCAUAUUGGAUGCUAUUACCGUACCCAGCAAUACCCAUGCCGAACCAAACAACUUCCCUAUUACGAGAGCUGCACAAGGUACUGUGCAUCGCAUGGCUAUCCUUAUGCAGGGUUUUCAAAACCUUAUAGAAUGUGCAGAUGUCUUAAGACGGAGACCGUGAGUAAGGCAACGAAAAGAUCGGACAAACACUGCAAUGUGUUAUCGGGUAAUCGUUAUGGUACUCCACAUUACUAUGGAUGCUACUAUUAUCUCAGUAUGGAUGUUUAUAGAACCAUGAAAUGCACAGAGCGCAUGCGCAGAGUGAGGACUAUCGACGGAACCUGUAAUGACCUAAAUAAGACAGCCAUGGGAAGCAGGUUGUACCGGUUUGGUAGAAAUGUUCCACUCAACUAUACCUUCGAGGAUAAUUAUAUGCUCGAGCCAAACCCAAGGACUAUCAGCCAAAGAGCCUUACUGAGAAAGGAAUUCAUUCCCGUGAAGCAGCUUAACAUGCUGGCUGCUGGAUGGAUCCAGUUUAUGCUUCAUGACUGGUUUGAUCACGGAGAACAAGAUACCAAACAUAGAAUCCACGUGCCACUAGAAAGAAAUGAUCCUAAUUAUAGUCACGAUAAGCCUUCUAUGAGCAUCGCACGUACUAAACUCAACAACUGUUCCGAGGACAAAAGUAAGCCAACAACAUAUCAGAAUGACGUCACUCACUGGUGGGACAUGUCUCAGAUUUAUGGCAGUGAUUUGGAAACCAACCGGAAAGUACGCACGUUACAUGAUGGUAAACUGGAAUUGGAUGACAAAGGACUUCUGCCGUUGAAUGAAAAAACUGGAAUCGAUAUUACAGGUUUUAACAACAAUUGGUGGGUCGGCAUAGCGCUGUUACACAACAUCUUCACAAGAGAACACAAUGCAAUCUGUGACAUGCUUAGAGAAAACAACCCACAUUGGACAGACCAGCAGUUGUAUGAYACAGCCAGGCUAAUCAACGCGGCAGUUGCAAUCAAGAUUCACACGAUUGAAUGGACGCCAGCAAUCCUGAACUACACRGCUUUACGCGCAGGUGUGCGUGUAAACUGGGGACUCGACCCUGGCAAGGAGAUCUGGGAGUGGUUGAAGAAACAUAACAUUUCUUCAAACAUUGGAAUUAAACCUUUGGUUGGACAGCCGAGGAAUCUUCAAGGGGUGCCUUUUAGUUUAACGGAAGAGUUCGUCUCGGUUUAUAGGAUGCAUCCAUUACUUCCUGAUUACCUCAACAUGCGAUCAAUGGAAACUAGAGAACGCACAGGAAAAAGUUACACCCUUCCUAACUACUCGUUUUCUAAAGCAAGAGAAAUAUUCCAAAGCCACAGUUUUGACGACAUUCUUUACACAUUCGGAGUCGAACAUCCGGGAGCUCUGACUCUUUUUAACUACCCAAAGUUCCUCACGGACCUUAAGCUUCCAAGUCACCAGAUGAAUGGAGAGAUUGUAGAUCUUGCAACUAUCGAUAUUCUACGAGACCGUGAACGAGGCGUCCCAAGAUACAAUGAGUUCAGAAGAUUAAUGAAUCUCAGACCAGUAGAUUCGUUCGACAAAUUAACGACAAAUAAAGAGCACGCAGAUGUCUUGAAGAGCCUUUACUGUAAUGAUAUAAGUAAACUAGAUCUGUUGAUUGGUUCACUGGCGGAAGAACCCAGACCCCCAGGAUUUGGAUUUGGCGAGACGUCGUUUAAUUUGUUUUUGUUCAUGGCCAGCAGACGACUAGAAGCAGAUAGGUAACAUCCUUUUUUAUAAUGACAGAGCGU